AUGAGAGGAAAAGGUUCCUCUAGCUCGAAAAUUUCUACUCUCAUUGUUGAUGAUGACCCUCUAACUCGGAGAAUCCACAAAGUGCUUCUAACUAAAGUUGGACUAGAAACUCAGGCUGUCGAAAAUGGUAAAGAGGCUGUUGAUCUUUACCGCUCAGGGGCGUCUUUUGAUCUUAUUCUCAUGGAUUUAGAAAUGCCAAUCAUGGAUGGACCUAAGGCAACAAAAGAGCUACGAGCUAUGGGAGUCCAAAGCAUGAUCGUAGGAGUUACAGCGCGAGAUCUUGAGGUAGAGAAGCAGAUGUUCAUGGCAUCAGGCCUUGAUGAUUGCUAUGUGAAGCCAUUGACAACAGAUACGGUUACCGCUCUUGUGGAAAAGCUCAAUAAAGACAAUUGA